AUGCAGCAACAGCCCGCUCGCGGGGCAUACGUCACCUAUGAUCAGCUUAGCACCAGGUUCGUCAGAGCACCUACCUGGCUCAUUCGGUCGCUGGUCACAUUCUGGCGUCCCCGACCGCAGUGGGACUGGAACCGAAACCUCAAAGUCCUGAUGCUUCGCCACUCAUUAGUCGUCGGAGACAAGCUCGGACCGUCUCCCAAAAAACCUCUCCAGCAUACAUUUCUUGAUUUGCAAGAACAACGCAAGAUAGGACCAAAGGUCAAAGGCGUCUGGGUCGACCCUGUCCCCGACCAGAUCCAUGGGUACAUCGCGCAGUGGGCGGAAGUCGCCAAGGUGCGCCCGGAACGCAUUCCAGGCUACUGGAUGGACAAGAUCGGUCUCAAUCCGGCCGUUGGCGAGGCGCUGCAGCCAGGGGAGAAGAUUCUGUAUCGCAUGCAUGCUGGAUGCUACGUGGCGCUCUCUGCACACCAGGACAGCCCCGUUGCAGCGCUGUGCAGGGGUUUCCUGGAAAACUACAAGUCCUUCAGACGUGCCUUUUCCAUCGAGUAUAGGCUGUCGACCGGUCCUCCACACUCCGCUACCAACCCCUUCCCGGCGGCCUUGAUGGACGCGCUCGCGGGAUACAACUACCUCAUCAACACCGUUGGUGUACAGCCAUCCGACAUUGUUUUUGUCGGCGAUUCCGCUGGAGGGAACCUCGCGGUCGCUCUCACGCGCUACCUUGUCGAGCAGCAGACCGUCGAGGGAAACAACGUUCCCCCGCCACCGUCGGCACUCAUCCUAGUCUCACCGUGGGCGGACCUGGGUGACUCGCAUGAAGGCCCCAACACCUCGAUGAAGAGGCUCAAGAAAUACGACCCCCUCGGUGCGCUCCCAGGGCAGAUAGCCUACGCCAAGACGGCGUUCGCAGGGCCCUUCGGUAAAGAGUUCUUGCAGACCAACGAGUGGGUGUCGCCCGCUUCUAAGCAUGCACAGACCUCAUUCGCGGGCUUCCCGAGGACGUUCAUCAACGCUGGAGGGGUUGAGAUAUUCGUGGAUCAGAUCAGGACACUGAAGGAUCGGAUGAUUGCAGAUAUGGGCGAGGGCGACGGGCCGGGGCAGGUGAAGUAUCUUGAGGCGCCUGAGGGGAUACACACGUAUUUGAACUUUGGGUGGUUCGAGCCUGAGAGGACGGACACGUACCGCAAGAUUGCAGCGUGGCUUGGGUGA